AUGGUGCUCUAUUCGGUCGGUAGGCCCGACGACGUGUUGGAAAAGCGAGAGUUCCCGGUCGAGAAAGGCGCGCAGUUGUUGUGUUUCUGCGUCGGUGCGUGGUAUCAGACCGUCGGAUAUCGCGCCGGUGUUGUCGGAGGGCGCAAAUUUCGUAACGGCGGGGGUAGCAGGGUGAUUCCUAAAUACGCCCACAGGUCUACUCCUAUUAACAUUUCGUUAUCCAGCGCUGGAAGUACCUGGAAGUCGUGUGAGAAGCUCUCCCCUUCCAUUCCAAUUUCAAGUUGGAAGCUUUCGCUUGUCAUGGACGAUGUGAUACAGAUUUUACAAUCUACAACAUCACGAAUUAUUUUUCGAGUUUCUUGUUUAAUAGCAAGUAACAUUAACAGAUAUUUAAAAAUGCCAAUAUUAGAUCAAGCACGCUCUGAAAACAGACGUUUGUUCAAAGAACUUGGAUGUGGUCCUAGAGCUAUAGGUCUUCCUUCAAUUGAUGGAGCGAUAGACUGUACACAUAUUCGUUUAACUCAUAGGAGGUUUCAAAAUAUUGACGAAAUAUAUCACAAUCGGAAAGGAUACUUUUUCUUAAAUGUCCAGGUUAUUGUCGGACCACGCACUGAAAUAAUGGAUAUCGUUCCAGAAUGGCCAGGAAGUGAGCAUGAUAGCCGAAUAUUUCAAAACUCACGUGUAUAUAUGCUAAGAGAAGGCAAAUUAAACGGAAUGCUCGUCGGUGAUGGUGGAUACCCUUCAUUGCCAUUUUUACUUACACCGAUUAAUAAUCCUGUUACUGAUAAAGAAAUAAGUUACAACCAAAUCCAUAGUAGAACACGUGGAAUUGUCGAAAGAACUUUUCGUGUUUGGAAACGCAGAUUUCCGUGUUUAUCGAAAGGAUUAAGCACGAAAUUACUGACAUCGACAACAGUUAUUGUAGCAUGUGCUGUUUUGCACAAUCUAGCACUUAUUUUUAAUGAUAAUUUGGAAGAAGAAAAUAAAGAAGCAGAAAAUAUGAAUGACGAAGUUCCAGUUCCUCAACCUCAUUGGCAACCUGGAGAUGGUUUUAUCAUAAGAAAUGCUUUAAUUGAACGACUUUUUAGAUAA